AUGCAGCUCGCGGACGAAGACUUCAAAAUGGCACCGCCGUCACCGUCUUCUAUUGCUCCUAACCGCCGCCGCAACACUUCCCACUGCUUCCUCUGUCCCAAGGCGCGGAGGGGCACGGACACAACGUGUUUUCAAGUGUGGUACAACGACUUCGCGUGUGGUGCGUUGAUUCCGAGCCACCUAGGUAAACGUGUCGUUCUGCGCCGUGCCCCCAAGGCCGCAGGGGUGCGCAACAAGACACACCAAGAAAUUCUGUCUGAGGAAAAAGAAGAGAGUUAG